AUGCCUCCAUCAAAGAGAGGUCGUGAACCGCUCCGGCCGUCCCUCCCAGCCAGCCUCCUGAAGGACAUAGGCGGCACGCCUACAACUCCCCGCAGGCCAUCUCAAGCCCAGACCCGCAAGGACCGGCGGAAAGCAGAGAGGUCUCAGAAGCGCCAGCGUUCUGCUCCCAUAACCAAGCAGAAGUCCACUGCAGUCCCUGCAGCUCCUGCUGGUAGUGGUGUUGGUGGCAGUGGUGGGAGACGGCGGCGUGGUUCAAGUGAAUCUCUUGCACAAGAGCCUGAGGCCUCGAGGAAAGCUCCCAAGAUCAGCAAGCCGACUCAGCCCGUGUCAGAUGACGAUGAAUUUGACGGCUUCUCGGAAGAGUCUUCCGAUGAGGAGGAAGAGCCCAGCAACCCGGUCCCUUCGAGGGUAACCAAGGAUAAGCUGGCCGAGGAUGAUGCAGAGAUCGCAGCUCUUGAGAAGAAGCUGGGCAUCAAGCAACGGAAAACCCUGCCUAAAUCUUUCCACGAGGAUGGCCUCGACGAGGUGCUAGGCGAGUUAGCGGAUCAGCAGGACGAUGAGGCCCUGCUUGCGCGGAGGAAGAGGAAGGCUGAGGCGGACGAAUGGCUGGCGCAGAAAAGGAGAAAGGCCACCCAGCAGCCCACGGCGGACAAUAGCGGCGAGGGUAGUGACGAAGACGACUCUCUGCUCGAGCUCGAACUUGGAAGCGACCUUGGGGAAAGUGACGAUUUCGACGACGACGAGGACGCUCUCGAUUCAGAACGCGAGGUGGAAGAGCCGACCGUGCGGCGACGUGAGAACCCAUAUGUGGCUCCAGUGCCAGCUCCCGCGGCCGCACAGAAGUACGUUCCUCCGGCGCGACGUCAAGAGAGCGGUUCAGACGCAGAGUUGGUAUCGCGCAUCAGGAGGCAUGCACAGGGUUUCAUCAACCGUCUCACCGAAUCGAACCUGAUCGCGAUACUCGGCGACAUAGAAAGCCUUUACCGGGAACACCCACGGCAGCAUGUCACAUCCGUACUGGUGGAUCUCGUCCUGGUCCAGAUCUGCGAACCUACCAGCUUGCCAGAUACCCUGCUGAUCUUACAUGCGGGAUUCGCAACUGCGGUUUACAAAGUCAUCGGCUCGGAUGUUGGAGCCCAGCUUAUCCAACAGGCCGUUGAGAGGUUCCGCGGCUACUACGCCGAGGGCCCCGGUGAUGGGUCGCGGGACGUCUCGAAACAAACGUCCAAUCUGAUCACUUUCCUUGCGCAAACGUACAACUUCCAGCUCAUUGGGUGCAACUUGAUCUUUGACUACGUUCGGUUUCUAUUGGACCACCUAUCGGAGCUCAACGCAGAGCUCCUGUUGAGGAUUGUCCGUAUGGCGGGACAGAACCUUCGGCACGAUGACCCGCUGGCGCUCAAGGACAUUGUUGCCCUGAUACGACCGGCGGUCAACAAAGUCGGGGAGGCCAACCUCUCCGUCCGAACCAAGUUCAUGAUCGAAAGCAUCAACGACCUGAAGAACAACAAAGUCAAGGCCGGAGCGAGCGUAUCGGUGGUGAACCAGGACCACACGACGCGCAUGAAGAAGCUUCUGGGCUCGCUCAACUCAAGGAAGCUCAAAUCCACAGAACCCCUACGCAUCGGUCUGAAAGACAUGGAAGAAUCGGACAAGCGAGGCAAAUGGUGGCUCGUCGGAGCGAGCUGGGCGGGCCGCGACGGUCCCUCUGGGAGGCAGGCCAAAAUGGAAGGAGCCGACGGCGGCGCUGAAGAAGACGAUGGCGAGGGCGAGGACGAGGACGCGAACAGCAUCACACUGGACAGUGACGAGGAGGUGGUGCCGGACCUACAUGAGCUUGCGAGGGAGCAGAACAUGAACACGGACGUCCGACGGUCGAUAUUCAUAGCCAUCAUGUCAGCAAGCGACUACGAAGACGCGUACAUGCGUGUGACCAAACUCCGGCUUGGAAAGCAUAGGCAGAAGGAGGUGGCGUACGUGGUGAUGCAGUGCGCGGGAGCAGAGCAGCAGUACAACGUGUACUACUCCCUGGUGGCGCGCAGGCUGUGCGGGGAUGGGAGGAUCAGGUUCGCGUUCCAGGACAGCCUAUGGAAGCUGUUCCGCCGGCUAGGCGAGUCGAUAUUCGGCGAGGACGCCGAGGAGGAGCAGGACGAGGACGAGGACGACGAGGGCGAGGAGACGGCGGUGCGGCGCGUCUUCUGCCUGGCCAAGGUGUUUGGGUUCCUGAUUGCCAACGGGGCGCAGGGGCUGGGGGUGCUCAAGUGCCUCAACCUGCGCUAUCUGAGGCCCAAGACGCGGGACUUUGUUGAGGUGAUGCUCAUCACUUUGUUCCAGGAGCUCAAAGCGGCCGGGGGCAAGCCCACAAAGGUGUUCGCGGCGGUGGCUGACAUGGAGGGCCUCUCCAAAGGGCUGCAGUGGUUCCUCAGGAAGAAGGUGCGCAAGUCGGACCUGCUAACUAGCAAGAAGGACAAGAGACGGGUCAAGCAGGGUUGCGACGAGGCCAUCACGGCGCUUGCCACCUACGAAGAGCGUGCAGCUACCUAG